AUGGCAAAAGUUAUUCGAGCAUUAUUAGAUACAGUUAUUCAAGCUCUUCCAGAAGUUGGAAAUUUGUGUUCGCCUCGUCUUAGAUAUUUUGAUGCUGAAAUAGUCGGUGGUGCAUUUUCAUUUUUUGGUGAAGAAAAUUGUUCAAAACAGGAUGCUGCAGUAAUGCCGACACUUCGUACAUUAGUCUUAUAUUUUGAAACACGCAGUUCAAUCACGAUGGGUAUGUUAAGACAAUAUUUGAAUUCAAUGCCUGUUUUAAAAUAUCUUGAGAUCAAAGCACACAGUGAACUUCUUGAUGCAAAUGCAUGGAAGAUGCUGUUGGAAACAUCGUUACCAUUAUUAACUCAUUUUACUCUUCGAACGACUUCAUCUUGUGUCGAAGAAAUUGGACUCCAACAUGAACAUUGGGACUCUAUUGGUUUCGGUAUAGAUGAAACCAAAUCUCAUGUUCGACAUGAAUUUGAUUGGCCUGUUAUUCAGUGUUGGACAGCACCCAAUCACACUAAUAAUAAUGAUCUUAUGAUAGUAAAUAAAAGCAUAAAUUUCAAACUUGAUGACAUAAACAGUCUUGUGUCAUGUUCUUACUACUUUGAUAAUGUGAAGUGUCUAAUGGUGAAUAACAUGGAUAGUGCUCUAUUCAACUGGUUCCACACACAUGUAAAAUGUUCUAAUAUUAGGCAAGUCGCUAUUAGACGCUCGCAAAAAAUGACUAUCGAAUUAAAUACACUGCUGACAUCUCUCACAAAUAUGAAUUCACUUUAUAUUAGCUUAAGUCUACUUCAGACUAACAAGAAUGCUUUCAUUGGAAAAAUGAAUUGUGUAAAAGAUCUUAACAUAUCUAUUUAUAAGCAUUGAUUUAGCGAAGAAGAUGAUAUUAUUACUAUUGCCAAGUGCUUUCCUUACAUGGAACAUCUCAAAAUAGAUACAUCCAGUUUACAGAAUUUUCUACUACUCAAGAAAUAUUUACUGUAUCUUCGUAGUCUUACUUUUCUCAUCGAAAACAAUUAUAGUAGUUAUUUUGAUGACUAUGAAAGAAAAAGAUGGGAUAUAUGAUCUACGACGAGAAACUAAAUUUUUCUUCCAAGUUACGGCUUAUACAAUGACAGUUUGGCUCGACGAAACUGCAUUUGAAGAAUCAUAUUGGCGAACAUUAGAGACUAGCAACGAACUCCAAAAUCGGAGUCAGAUUCGGAAUUGGGAUGAAUCUUUUUUUUCGGAGCUGGAGUCGGGGUUGAUGCGAAUACACAAUGACUCCGAAAAUCUUAUUCAAUUCCUUUCUCAUGAAAAUUUUAUUUUAGAACAUUGUAACUUAUAGUUAGUGAAAACUGCUGCUCUAAUACGACACUACACUAAAUAGAAAAAUGAAACAAAAAGUAAAAGAAUAACUGCACUAGAUUAACCAUAAAUUGUGACUAUUGGUUAAAUACGUUUUCACGUGCUUUUUAAACAACUGCUUCACUUGAAUUUCUGAACAAGAUUGAAACGGAAUCAAAACUUCAUAUUUCUGCUCAUGCCCUCUUGAUUUUUAGAAAUUCUUCGAAUGAAACUGAGUUGAUUUUAAGUCUUUGUUGAUGAAAGUUUGGUGAAAAUUUCACUUUUGUCAGGCGUUUUUUUCUGGCAUUGAUUUAACAGAAUUAUCUUUUUGUGUACUCAAAAAGUGAGUACACUUCUAGAAUCGGUCAGUGUGUCCGGCCGUCCGGCCGGCCGUCCGUCCGUUUACACGAUAACUUUUGAAAGGAGAGUCCAAUCGCGAUGAAAUUUUCUACACAGUUCAG